CUUGCAGGCGCAUGCGUGUGUGUGUUUGUGCACGUUAUUUGCUCUCAGUUUAACCCCGAUACGGCGAUUUGAAGCGUCUCAACACGGCCGCUUUUAAAUCUCUCGCUCGCUCGCUCUCUCUCACCCCCCGCUCCCUCCUCCCUCCCUCCCCUUCCUCCUCUUGCUACCUGAUUCAGAUCCGCUCCGACGCUAUGCGUAUGACCGCUCUCUCUGCAAGGCGAGCACCACCGGAGAGACCCGCACGCCGCCGCUGCUCCUCCUCCUCCUCCUUCUCCACCACCACCUCCUCCUCCUGCUGCUCCUCCUGCCGCUGCUGACCGCCGGCCGCCCGCCCGCGCAGCAGCACCCCGACGCCGGCUGGCGAGCCACCCAGACAGGGCAACCGGAGCGGGGCAGAAACAGCGCACCUGAUCAAGCUCCGCUGGAGGAGAAAGGAGAAAUCAAGCAGCGAAGAGUUGGCCCUGGAUAGAGUUCGGCAGGAGCGUGGCGUCCCAGAUCCUGCUGCUGCCGCUGCUGUCCCAUUCCUCAUCAUCUCUCUUCUCAGCCCGGCUUUCACCUGCCAAACUCCACCCUUCUUCCCUUCCUCAUCCCCCUACCCCUCCACAUCUUCUGCAACUUUUCACCCAUCUCUCUCACCCCCUUCACACCCGUGUCUCUGUUUCUUCUUUGUUAUCCUCGCCCUCCUACCCCUUCUCCUCUCCUUCGCCUUUCGCUGUAAAUUCGUGAUGGCGUCCAAACUGAACCCCAACGUCCUGUACGUAGCGGGGGCUGGGGAGUCGCUGGGAUCACCGCAAGACUCUGAAAGGACUCAUAUUCCCGGUGAAGCAGGUGAAGAGUCAUCAGACAGCGAUGGAGAACAAGAAGAGACGUCACACAAGCUGAUCCGCAAAGUUUCGACCUCGGGACAGAUAAGGGCCAAGAUAUUUCAUGCUGAUUUGAACACCUUAGACGCCACUAUGCAUCACCAUCCAAAAAGUGUGAAGGAGGGAAUCCUGUUAAAGCAAACAAGCUCCUUCCAGAGGUGGAAGAGGAGGUACUUCAAACUCAGAGGGAGGACCCUCUACUAUGCCAAAGACUGCAAGUCCCUAAUUUUUGAUGAAGUGGACCUAUCAGAUGCCAGUGUGGCUGAGACCAGCACCAAGAACAUCAACAACAGUUUCACAGUGAUCACUCCAUUUCGCAAACUAAUGUUAUGCGCUGAAAGCAGGAAGGAAAUGGAGGACUGGAUCACGGCGCUCAAAUCCGUCCAAAAGUGGGAAACCUACGAGGCCAGUCAGUUUAAUAUGGAGCAUUUCUCCGGGAUGCACAACUGGUACGCCUGCUCACACGCCAGACCGACCUUCUGCAACGUUUGCAGAGAGGCGCUGCCAGGUGUCACCUCCCACGGCCUGUCCUGUGAAGGCACAAUGGGGAAGGUGUGUCCCUUGGGCCAGUGUCGAGUGUCCAUCAUCCCUCCAACUGCACUUAACAGCAUCGACUCAGAUGGCUUCUGGAAGGCCACCUCGGCGUCCUGCUCCAGCCCUCUUUUGGUCCUGGUCAACUCUAAAAGCGGGGACAACCAGGGGGUCAAGUUCCUCCGCAAGUUCAAGCAGCUUCUGAACCCAGCGCAGGUCUUUGACUUGAUGAACGGAGGGCCAGAGCUCGGCCUGCGCCUCUUCCAGAAGUUUGUGACAUUUCGUAUUCUUGUGUGCGGAGGAGAUGGCAGCGUGGGCUGGGUGCUCUCAGAGCUGGAUAAACUCAACCUCCAUAAACAGGCCAACAGAUGGAGUGUGAUGACAUACGAGGUGCCCACCACCAAUAAACAGACGCCGAUAGUGAAGGAAGAGGACUGCAUCGAUUCUCCUCUACAGGUCCACAUCACUCAGUAUGCAGACUCCGUGGCCUCCCACCUCGCCAAGAUCCUGGACUCGGACAAACACAGUGAUGUCAUUUCCUCUGCCAAAUUUCUGUGUGGGACGGUGAAUGAUUUUGUGGCGGAGGUGGGGAAGGCGUAUGAGAGAGCCACGGAGAACAAGGAGGAGGCAGAUGCCAUGGCAAAGAAGUGUGCGCUGCUCAACGAGAAGCUCGAUUCCCUCGUCAAGGCCUUAAGUGAGGAAGCUGAAGCCCAGGUGGUGCCGGCGGGUACGGUGCCGAGCCAGGAGAGCGGUGGCUCGAGCCACGAUGAAAGUGGCAGUGAGCCGGGAUCGGAGGACAAAACGUACCGGUCCAAAGAGCAGCUGAUGCUCAGGGCGAACAGUCUGAAGAAGGCGCUCAGGCAGAUCAUCGAGCAGGCCGAGAAAGUUCACCGGUUGUCUAUCAUCAUGUCAGUGGUUGACGAGCAGAACCGGCACACACAGGUCCAAAGGAUGUCGUCUUCAUCCUCCAUCAAAAGAGAAAACAGCGAGGAGCUGAAGGACGCCGAGCCACGUCAAGGAAGUUUGAGUCCCACCUCUCCCAUCGUCCUGGAGAAGCCAGAGAGCCUCAACACUGUCACCUUCAGCGAGGACUCUGUACAAUGCUCAGAGAAGUGUGUGAUGAACAACUACUUCGGCAUCGGCCUGGACGCCAAAAUCUCCCUCGAGUUCAACAACAAACGAGACGAGCACCCGAAAAAAUGCAGUAGUCGCACCAAGAACAUGAUGUGGUACGGAGUCCUGGGGACCAAAGAGCUGGUCCAGAAGACGUACAAGAACCUAGAGCAGAGAGUUCAGCUAGAGUGUGACGGGGUUCCCAUGUCUCUGCCGAGUCUGCAGGGCUUGGCUGUCCUCAACAUCCCCAGCUAUGCAGGCGGUAUCAACUUCUGGGGAGGCACCAAGGAGGACAAUAACUUUGGAGCUCCGUCUUUUGAUGAUAAGAAGCUGGAGGUGGUGGCGGUGUUCGGCAGCAUGCAGAUGGCCAUGUCCAGAGUCAUAAACCUGCAGCACCAUCGCAUUGCACAGUGCCGCCAGGUGAAGAUCACCAUCCUGGGGGAGGAGGGGGUUCCUGUGCAGGUGGACGGAGAGGCCUGGAUCCAGCCGCCCGGCAUCGUCAAGAUCAUCCACAAGAACCGCGCUCAGAUGCUCACGAGAGACCGGGCGUUUGAGAGCACGCUGAAGUCGUGGGAGGACAAGAGGAAGAUCGACAGCUACCGCGCCAGCAGGCCCCGCCUUAACUCCCAGCAGUCCAUGGAGUACCUGACCGAGGAGGAGUGCGCCCAGGUUCAGCAGCUAGGCAUCGUGGCCGACACGCUCAUCAACAAAAUCCGCGAGGCGGCCAAGACACACAAGCUGGUGGAGCAGGAGUUGGCUCACGCAGUCAACGCCACUGCCCUGGUGCUCACAGAGGCCAAACUGUCCAGCCCCGAGUGUCUGAGUCGCAGCACUGCAGUGGAAAUUGUUAACAGCAGUAAAGUCCUCCAGGCGGAGACCAGGAUGCUGCUCGAUGGAAAACUACUGUCUGAGUCUCCAGAGCGAGAGGAGCUUCGCUUGACUUUGAACAGCCUCAGCGCCGAGCUUCACAAGCUGGAUGACAUCCACUGGAUCUGCCCGCUCAUGCAGUGCACCGAGGAGGACUCAGUGAGGAGCAGCACUAAGAGCAGCAGCAGUAUGAAGCUUAAGAUCAUACCUAAGGGGAAGAAGGAGAGAGAGAAGCUCCACAAGCAGAAGUCCAACAGUUCUCUCUCAGGAACCUGGGAUAUCAAAGGCGGGACCACUGAGGCAGAUUCUUCAGGCAACUGAAGUCCUGCACGAGGUGCUUUAUUACCCACCCCGUUACCCUGAAAACCAGGUGUGAGGAGCACCCCUCCUACCCUUACCUCUAACCACAAUGCCCAUUGGCUUGACAGAGGUGUUUCCUCCCACUAUAAGAUUUAUUUUAUUUUACGUGGGUCGAGGGGGGGAUUUAAUUUUUCCUCCCCGUUUCUGUUGAAUUUUUUUCCAAAGGGCCCUGGCUUUGCAUCGCAUUGCUUCACCACUGGCGCUCUGCUUCUGGGUCGGUAGAUGUGGCCAGCAGCGAAUUAAACUGAAAUCAAGGCAGGCGUGGAGCAACAACGUCCUUCCUGGCUUAUGUUUUUUUUUCUUUCUUUUUUUCGUGACCAAGAAAUGUGUUUACGUGGUGCUCUCCUUGCAUGUUGAGUUCAGCCAUAUUAUUUUAUAUGUACAAUCAUAAGUUGUUACAAUCUUUUAACUUUAAUUGUUUCAUUUCAAAACUUUUUGAAUCGCCUUUAGACGUUGAUUAAGACUGAGUAUUUAUUCCGUGAUGCUACUGCUAUGAGAACUCCGACGCAACAAAUCAACAAAAUGAACAAACUGAAACAUCUCGACCUUACUGUCUACUGAACUGGAGAUUCUCUUAUAUGUUGCAAAAAAAAAAAAAUACUGAGGAAUGUACUUGUGUGGACUUGUACUAACCUGUGAAUAAUGAUGAUGUUAAAUGAUAAAUCGUAUAUGAUUUUACAGAGGUUCUAUUGUUGUGGUUUUAAAGUGGUUCUUAAUAGGCUGUUGUGUGGCUUGUGUGGUCCGAGGCUAUGCAGCCACGCUGCAAAAAGAAAAAAAAAAAAACUUUACUGUGAGUCAUUUCAUCUGGCAUUCAGCCCUGUGAAAAGAUCCGACUGUGGGAUUUUUAAAGUACGCUCUUUUCGUUAUUAUCGAGGUCUAAAAUGUGGCUUAUGUGGGAGUUAAAUAUUUCUUCCCACUGUGCAGUUUUUCAGUUGUUCUGUGAACCACUAUGAGGCACAGUACCAGAUGAAGUGACUCGAUAAGAGCAGAUAUUUUUGGUAGUGUCUGGUAAAUGCGUUUACAGAAGGAGGAAGCAUCAAGGAUGCACACAAACAAAACAUUACAGCUACUCAGUAUGUUACUAAUACUUUGCCAUAUUCAUGAUUGUAUAUGUAAUAUAAGAGUCAGUGGAUAUUUGACUUUGCCUUGUUGUGGUUAAAAGCUAUUAUUAUAUUAUUGUUAUUAACAUUACAAAAUGUAUAUCUAUUUUUUGUAUAUCUUAUUUUCCCAAUGGUAACCUGUGAAGCUGUUCUGGCUUUGCUGCUUCCCCCUUUGACAAACUCUUUGGCCACCAUGCAUAUAAUCAAGCCAAUUACUAUUGUUAUGUGUGUCCCCGCAUGCAUACUUAGCCUUCGCCUCACAGUGGAUAUUGCCUCAUGAAAAUGAUUUUUUCUUUAAAUUUAAAUUUUUUUUUUACGUGUUUGUUCAGACCAGCAACAUUUGCGAAUGUUACUUUUGUUUUAAACCAGACUGGUUGGAGUUUAACUGAAAAGCAGGAUUUAGUUUAGCAAAAAAAAAAGACAAACCACUUACUUACAUACUUACACCCUGCAUAUUGUAAAUUUUGUCAAGCCGUGUAUCAAUAGUGUAUUAUUUGAGUACCUAAAUUGUUGUUCUGCUGUUUGGAAAUCCCUGAAAUCGAAAAUUGUUCCUUUACAAUGCUCCAGAAAUUUGUUAACUCGUUUACUGGUUUUUUUCCUUCUUUUCCUACUAGCCUAAAAGUGAAAUACACGAUCCAACAACACGCACAUAAAAAAAUUUAUAAUAAAUGUGAGGGAAAUCUGUUUGUUUUUGUUUGAAAAGAGAAUGGCCAAAUGUUGGAAUAUCAGAGUUUUAAACCACCAAAUACUCAUAUCAAUUACAGCAUAAAAAAUCCUAUAAUCAUUUCAACCCACAAGUAUUUCUGUGCAACUAAGAAUUGCAGUAAUAUUCAAGCCGACUGGUCCUGUACAUCCCUACUAGAGACGGUGGCAAUGGAUCCGAUAAUUGCUACUCAAACAGCAUGUUCUUUGUUAAGCAAUCAAAUCCAACUUUUGGCAGGAUUUGACAUCUUCCUUUUUACAUCUUUUUUCAGAAGCAAAGCUAAAUUUGUAAAUAAUAAUAAUAAAACGUUCCUCUUGCCUAGCAAAAAAGUGAAUUUCAUAAAAUGUCACAAUUUUUGCUAUCAGAAUAUAAUAAAGAACAUUCACUAGCUAACAUUUACCUAAGUUUUAAUGUUGCAGUACAAGUUAGCUAUACUUUACACUCACAUUUUCACAUUUAUUGGCCUGAACUACACCAUGAGACAGUUACUGCCAAGUGUUUGAUUGUCAGAAUGUAAGAAGUAAGAAAAUUAAAACAAAAUUAAAUACUAGCUAGUUUUAGCUAAUACUAGCUUUUCAAGCUAGCAAUAUGACGCAGUGGUUGUUAGAUGUUUUUUCAUAAGAAGCCUACAUAAUCUUAAUUUAUAACUAAACUGCUUUGAAAACUAGAAAAGGGACAAAGAUGUACAUUCACAAUCUCACUUUGACUCAGGUCUGUUAAAAUAAAGUUGUUUGUGCAUCAGCUUUGCUUCAUUUACACAGAAGUGCUCGGUUGUUGAGUUCGGACAUUAUUUUCCACAUUUAUCAAACUAAUCCUUUACCAGACAGAAUAACUGUGAGGCGUUGUAGAUGUAGGAUUGUGCUACUGUAUCCAUAGUGUGCCAGCUUACGCUCUACACCUUAGAGGCUUUCGUGGUGUUGUGCCAAGUUUGUACUUUUGUGGGUUAUGAGACAUACAAUAACGUGCGCGUGAUUGAGCGAUGGCGCUCACAUGCACUUGAGAUGCAGGAGUUGUUGUAUGUCAUAUAUUUCUAAGUUUACUGUAUCUUGCCUUGCACUUUAUCAAGAGGUUAACUUGAUUGGGGGGGUAAUCACGUGUACGUGUGUGUGUGUGUGUGUACGCUAAGAUUUCACGUGUUUACAGGGUUGUUUUUUUUAAUCGAUGAAUGAAAUCUUUUUAUUUAUGAAAAAUGUAUACGGACAUAAGUGUUUCGAUAAAGUGUGAUAUAUGUAACCAAUCACAAAAAAAUAUGAAUAUAUGGAGAUGUAUACACAAAUGUUUAUUACAUUCGUGGCGGUACAAUUACUCCAACAGCAGCUCGACACCAUUUGACACCAAUGUUAUUUGUGAUUGUGUCAUUUUACCAUCACAGCGAUGUCAUUUAAACCCCAAUUGGUACGCCUUCCCAAAGAAGAAGAAAAAAAAGAAAAAAGUAAUACUAAUUUCAAACCAAAGUUAUUUAAAAUGUAAUCCAGUGUUAUUUACAAACUACUAACACAAAGAAGUUGUUCAGCUUGUGUUGAGCCUUUUUUUUUUGGGGGGGGGGGGUGAAAUUUUUGUGUAUAAUUUUUGAUUUGGUUUGUGUUGUGCUGAAAAUUACUGCAAAGAUGUUGGGCAACAUAAUAUAUGGAAGCCAUUUUGGGACAAGUAAUUGCUUAUUUAUUGCUCUUUUAAUUAAAUAUAUCCUAGUUUUGUUUUUUCUUUUAUAGGGUUUGUUUUUUUAAAUUUUUUCUGAUGUCGCAAACUGAAACUCUUCCCAAGGAGUUACGUGAAGCUGAAAAGAAAAAUGCUAGCAAAGGAACUGAAAUGAAUCCACAGAUUACAAACACUGCCAUGUUUGUGCAACAGUAUUCCAUAGAUGACAUUUGUGAACGCACCCCUGAUUCUGAGCAGCCUAUAUAUUGAGACAGUGCUGGAAGCCAGACUAGAUGUUGCACGACCUUGUACGUUGCGAGGUGUUUUAUUGUGUUAUCAUGUGCAGUUUGUAACAAAGACAAAGUCCGUGCAACCCUCUGGAGAUUAAAUGAAUUAUUGAAGUGUGAA